UUUUUCUGUUUAUUAUUUUUGAUUUAUUGAUUGAAUAUUAAGAAAAAAUUUUUUCAAAGAAUAUCCAUAAAAAAUGCCUAUUAAAAAGAAAGGUAGAAAACAAAUAUUACAAUUCGAUGUAAUUAAAAAAGUGACAGCUAUGAAUUUGGAAGAAAAACGUGCGACUAUCGAAAAUAUUCAAGAAGAAUUAAGUAAAAAGAUAACUUUUGCCAAAAUAAUCAAACAACGGCCAACAGUUGUCCGGGAUCUAUUAUCCAUUGCUAUUGCUGAGGGUAAGAUUUAUUCAUUGAAACUAGAAAAUGAUGAUGUGAUUGAGUAUCGUACGCCACGUAUGAUACGUGAUGAACAUCUUCAAUCGAUCAUUAUGUAUGAUGGCCAAAUACCUGGAACAUCUUAUUUUAAUAUUCUACGACAUUGUUUUACAUUUGAAAGAGAUAAUAAUCGUUUACAUCCGAAUCGAAGUGAUGGUUUUACCAUUAUUGAAGCACAUGAACAUAGUAAAAUGGUUAGAAAACAUUAUCUCAACUAUAGUUUGCAAAUAUUCAAGGAUCAAUUAAUACCAGCCGCUAUAAAGAAUGGUCAUAUUGAACGUAUAAAAUCAUCAACGAAUGGUCAGAUAAAAUAUUGUACAACACAUUCUUUUCGUGAUACAUAUGAUUUAUAUCGUCGUAAUCGAAAACAAGCAUUAUCAUCUAUUGGUGAAAAGGAUAAUGAUGAUGAUAGUCAAGAUGCUGAUGGUGAUGAUGUUGAUGAUUCAAUUGAUGAACGUAAUGAAGAUGAAAGUUUCGAUAUAACAUUUAACGAAUCAAAUGAUAAUGUUACAAAUGAUAGUGGUAAUAAAUCGGAAUUAUUUCAUAUUAAAAAAGAACCAAAACAAUCAUCAACAUCAUUGAAGAUGAAAAUAUCAAGAAAUACUAUAAAUAGAUCACCGGAAAUAAAAUCGAAGUCAGUAUCAGAUAUUCAACCACAACGUGUAAGUCAAAGGAAAAAAAUUAAGAAAACACUUGGACCAGAUUUUUUGGAUUCAUUUGCCGAUGUAUCGAUGAACCAUCAGAAACCAUUGUCACGAUUAUCAGCUUCAAAAUUAGCAUCUUUGACACAAGAACAACAACCAUCAUCAUCAACAACAACAAUUGAACAUAAUAAUGAUGGAUCACAACCAUUACAAACUUCAUCACAAUCACAGAAAAAGAAGCGACCAUUGGUAUUUUGUCUUGUUUGUAGUAAAGAAUAUAAAAAACAAACAAAACAAACUCGUAUCAUUUGUUCGGAAUGCAAAGGUGUGGCGCAUGGAAAAUGUUUUCGAUCAUAUAUUAAUACCAAGAAUGGUACCAUCCGCAUGAUUUGUUCUAUUUGUCGCCCGGAAUGCAUUUGUUUUAUGUGUAAUAAACAUGAAAGAGAUCCGGAAAUGUAUGUUCAAUGCGUUACUUGUUCAACUACUUAUCAUGCCCAUUGUUAUCGAGAAAAAGCCCAUUUAUUAUGUAAAAAAUGUAGGGACCAAUUAAUAAAAGUAAACAUAUCACAAACAUUAUCACCAACAACUGAUUCACAAGUAGACAAUGAAUCGGAAACAACUGCAGCAAUCACAAAUGAUUCAUCACCGGCUUUAUCACCAAACAUCAUUGGUGAUGGUCAUUCAGAUUCCAAAUCACAGGCGACAACAGUUCGAACAUCACCAAAAGUAACCAUAGCGUCAAUCAAAUCAAGAUCAUUGGUACAAUCAACAAAAAGUGCACCAGUAAUUAAUGGUAACAAUGGCAAUGGUAGCGGUGGUAAAAGUUUGAUCAGCAAACCUCUAAUUUUAUUGGACAAGACAAAACCAGUGUUGGCUUCGAAAUCAUCGGCCACAGCGAUGACACCGUUGGCAUCAAAUGACACUGUUGCAAAUGGCCAUGUAAUAUCUGCAGCUACUGUUGUUAAGGAUUCAAAAAAAAUCAAAGAGGAACCAAUGGAUAUUGAUCAGAUAACAAUUUCUUCAGUCUCAACAUCUGCCUCAACAUUGGAUAAAAAUUCAUCAUCCAUCAAUAUUGGAUCAAAGAUUUCAUCACCAUCAACAAUUUCGACGAUGACAACCGAAACAAAUAUAAUGACAACAACAACAACUUCAUUGGCUAAAUCAUCGGAUGGAAUAUCAAAUAAACUGACCACAGCUACAACAUCAAGAAAACGUAAACAGAAGGAUAUAUCAUCAUUUGAAAUUUGGAAUAAAAAACCAUCGCAAAGUAUUUGUUAUAAUUUUCAAACAUGGUUGGAUACUGAAUUACGUUACAAUUGUAAACGUUUUGGACCAGAUGUUGAUCUUGGACCAUUAACAUCAUUGCCGAAUAUAAUCACUGAAUGGACAUCCGAAAAUGUUCAUCGUUUUUUGGCAACACUUGGUUUUAACGAUGAAGCUGAUAUGUUUCUUAUGAAAGAUAUUAAUGGUCUUUCAUUAAUGUUACUGACAAGACAUGAUUUCCUAAAUGCAUUAUCAAUCAAAACUGGACCGGCCAUACGUUUAUUGGGCAUUGUUAAUCGUUUGCAUGAAGAACUUUAAAACGAUAAUAGAAAAAUGAAUUGAACUUUUUCAAAAUUUUUGAUGAAUUAUUCC